GGGAAACAUACAAAGAGUGCAUGACUCAUUCAUGUACAACAGUUUCUGCUUUUCAUAUGCUUCUUUCUGAGAUCUAAAUUCAGGACUUGGAACAGAAAGGAAACAGCCACAACACUGCCUCAGACCAUGGCUUCUCCGGCCAUCUCCAAAUCCCCACUGCAACGCCUCUCCACAUACAAGACCACGCUUACCCCGACCGUUACCGCCACUCCCACUCCCGUCGGCAACACUCCGCUCCCCCUUUCCCCUUCAUCUUCCUCCUUAGACACCUUCUCCUCCGACCCAAUCUUCUCCAAUUUUCUCUCCCCGGACUUUAACCCCACGCAAUUCUCCUCCGCCGCCCUCUCAUCCGGCUCCGCCGCAUCAAGAAUCGAGAAACUUCAGGAGGGGCUCCGCCUCCUCGAUACGCAACUACGCAAUGAGGUCCUCUCCCGCCAUCACGGCCUCCUCCACCAGCUCUCCUCCAUCAAGGUUGCUGAGUCCUCCCUCUCUUCCCUCCGCUCCUCUCUUUCAUCGCUACAGUCCUCCGUCCGCCGAGCCCGAGCUGAGCUCUCCGAUCCCCAUCGCGUCAUUGCCUCCCAGACCCACCAACUUAACAAUCUUCACUCCACUUCCUUAUUACUUCAGUAUACUAUCCGCACUCUCCGCUUAAUCCAGAAGCUAAGAAACCUUGUGGAUUCACAACCUGAUUCAUCAAAAUGGGAUCUUUCCAAGGCAGCCCAACUACAUUUUGAGAUUUUGACCCUUUACAACGAAUCCCAGUUAUCUGGAAUAGAUGUGGUUGACACGGAAUUGAAAUGGGUUACGGAGAUCGGAUCCAAAAUCCGAGAGGAGGGGAUGAAGGUUUUGGAAAAGGGUCUGGAGAGUUUGAAUCAACCGGAAGUAGGGUUGGGUUUGCAGGUGUUCUAUAACAUGGGGGAGUUGAGGGGUACUGUAGAUGGUCUUGUGAGCAAGUAUAAGCAAAUUGCUGUCAAGAGCGUGAGCAAUGCACUUGAUAUGAAGGCAAUCUCAGGAGGAGGGUAUGGUGGUGGAGGGCCAGGAGGGGUUCAGAGACACGGGACGCCCCAGAUUGGGGCUGGGGCGAAGGCAAGGGAGGCUCUUUGGCAAAGGAUGAGUGGUUCUAUGGACCAAUUACAUUCAAAUUUGCUUGCAGUCUGGCACUUGCAGAGGGUGUUGUCCAAGAAGCGUGACCCAUUCACGCAUGUUCUUUUGCUAGAUGAGGUUAUGCAGGAGGGUGAUCAAAUGUUAACUGAUCGUGUUUGGGAUGCUUUUGUAAAAUCCUUUGCAAGCCAAAUGAAGUCUGUCUUCACGGCAUCUAGUUUUGUCAAGGAGAUAUUUACUAUUGGUUAUCCAAAGCUUUUCACAAUGAUUGAGAAUCUCCUUGAAAGAAUUUCACGUGAUACUGAUGUGAAAGGAGUUCCACCAGCUCUCACCUCAGAGGGAAAGGAACAAAUAAUAGCUGCCAUUGAGACUUUUCAGACAGCAUUUUUAGCCCUUUGCUUAAGUAGACUGUCAGAUCUUGUGAACUCUGUAUUUCCGAUGUCAAGCCGUGGAAGUGUACCCUCUAAAGAACAUAUCUCAAGGAUUACAUCACGCAUUCAGGAAGAAAUUGAAGCUGUGCAGCAGGAUGCACGUCUGACUCUUCUCGUUUUGCGUGAAAUCAACAAAGUUCUGCUUCUUCUUGCAGAAAGAGCUGAAUACCAGAUAUCAACAGGCCCCGAAGCACGCCAAAUUACUGGUCAUGCAACUCCGGCGCAGCUCAAGAACUUCACAUUAUGUCAGCAUCUGCAAGAAAUUCAUAAACGCAUAACAUCAAUUUUAGCAGGAUUGCCCACUGUCGCUGUAGAUGUUCUAUCUCCAGCCCUUGGUACUAUAUAUGGAGUCGCUGGCGACUCAGUGACAUCCUUAUUCCAAGCCAUGCUAGAUCGUCUCGAAUCCUGCAUCUUACAGAUUCACGACCAGAAUUUUGGUUCUGCUGGUAUGGAUGCUUCUAUGGACAACAAUGCAUCUCCGUACAUGGAAGAAUUGCAGAAAAGCAUUAUCCACUUUCGGGCUGAAUUCUUGUCCAGACUUUUGCCCUCUUCAGGAGCUAGCUUCGCCAAAACAGAAACUAUUUGCACAAGGCUUGUGCGGAGCAUGGCUUCUAGAGUUCUGAUAUUCUUUAUAAGACAUGCUUCACUUGUUAGACCAUUGUCCGAGUCGGGGAAACUGAGAAUGGCUAGAGACAUGGCGGAACUUGAAUUAGCUGUAGCCCAGAACUUGUUUCCAGUGGAACAGCUCGGCCCACCAUAUCGGGCCCUUCGAGCAUUUCGGCCUGUUAUUUUCCUGGAAACGUCUCAACUGGGAUCAUCCCCUCUUCUUCAAGAUCUUCCCCCAAGUGUCAUACUUCAUCAUCUCUAUUCACGGGGGCCUGAAGAUUUGCAGUCACCUCUUCAGAGGAACAAACUUACGCCUCUCCAGUAUUCCCUGUGGAUGGAUUCUCAAGGGGAAGAUCAGAUAUGGAAAGGCAUAAAAGCGACUUUAGAUGAUUAUGCUGCCAAGGUAAGGGCCAGGGGCGAUAAGGAGUUCAGCCCCGUCUAUCCUCUUAUGAUGAAAAUUGGGGCGUCUUUAACAGAAAAUGAAUCAUAGUCUCGACAUAUAUUUUACUUUGACUCCAUGAGUCUGUGCUGCAAAGACUUGACUCUGGAUGCUGCUGCUACAGAUGGUAUACCCUCGAUCUUUGAAAUUCCAGCUAUUCUUUUUCCUUACACCUCGUAGAGUUCCAAUCAUCAGUCUAGGUUUGAUUCUUUUAUUUGUAAAAUCACUGCCCUUCAAUCGAAAUAAGAAAUUAUAUGAUAAAAUAGAUCAAA